AUGAGCCGACAGAGCGGGGAUGAGGACGUCCGAAGCACGUGCCGACAAUGCCCAAGAUUCGUGCCGGCCUGCAGCAAUUUCUCCAUCCAGUACAACUACUCGUCUGCGAGUAUCGCUGCGGCCAUCAUGCUGUCACACAACGACAUCAUCGGAGAUGGAGUCCGCCCGGACUUUCCGCAGCCGUCCUGGGUUGCGCAUGGCCUGCUUGGCGCAGUCUUCAUCGGCUCCGUGGCUGGCAUGCUGACGAUGGGGUAUUUGGGCGAUGCGUUGGGUGUCCGGCCUGCGCUGAUUGUCACCAACGCGCUGGCGGCUUUCGGGGCAUUGGCAUCCUCCCUAUUCUCCUGGGGUACACCAGAGACCAUCUGGACUAUGAUUGCAGUGAGCCGCCUGAUAAUGGGAAUCGGUGUUGGUGGUAACUACCCGCUCAGCGCUGCCAAGGCAGGCCAGCCAGAAAAAGGCGCCAGGGAGGUGAGCGCCGUCGACGCGGCCAACAGUGCGGCGAAAGCCUUCUUUUGGCAAGGGCCCGGACAGCUGGCUCCAUAUCUGCUGGCUCUGCCCCUGCUGAGCUUGCCUCCCAGCCAGGGCAUCACCUCCGUGCAGUUCCGGAUUCUGCUUGGCAUCGGGGCUUUGCCUGCAGCCGUGGUCUUGCUGUGUUCUGCCUACGAGGAGGAGCUUGACUCUGGGGCUCGGGCAUCAGGCCGAGGCAACCUGGGAGAUGCGCGCAAUUGGCAGCUCCUGAAAGGAACGGCAGGCUGCUGGUUCCUCUUUGACAUCGCUUUCUAUGGCACGGUCAUUUUCUCCCCAGCCAUCCUUCUGAAGGUUUUCGGCCAAACGGAGUCGUUGACGUCCCUGGCCGUGCAUGCUGCUGCCACGAUUUUCGUGACAAUCCUGGGCAAUGGCGCAAGCUUAGCAGCCUUACGUUGGAUUGGGGCCAAAACGCUCAACACCGCGGGCUUCGUUGCCAGCUGCCUGGCUUUCUGUGCAUUCGCUUUGGCGUAUGCAUCAUUCCAUGACAAGCACUGGCUGCAGUUCGUGCUGCUGUGCAUUGUCAAUUUCACGCUCUCCAUGAACAACAUCUCCACGUUCAUGCUUCCAGUCUUGGCUUUCCCUCGCAGCGUGCGGUCCACCUUCCAUGGCAUUUCGGCUGCAGCCGCCAAGCUUGGCGCCAUGGUGGGGACCGUCCUCUUUCCUGCGCUCGAAGGUCGCGGCAUCCCUUUCGUGAUGUUUACUCAGGCUUUCGUGUGUGGCAUGGGGGCCUGCUGCAGUCAUUGGGUCUUCAGCCAUGAUGCGGCUCCAAGGAUUGGGAGGAGCAGGUAG